UAGAGUUGGUGGGAGACUUCUUGAUCAGGAAUAAGAGUGAGACUGUAUUCUGGGGAUUGUACAAAAGGGAGAGACUAAACGGGGAAAGAGCCUGAGAGUAUGUACCUCGAGGGAAGAAGAUCGAAGAACUAGCAAGAGAGAACAAUGAAGUCCUGGGACAUGGCCCAUGGACAUGAACAUGGUCAUGGUAAACUAAAACUUCCAGAUUAUAAACAAUGGAAGAUAGAAGGGACACCAUUAGAAACUGUCCAGGAGAAGCUGGCUGCACGAGGGCUAAGGGAUCCAUGGGGCCGCAAUGAAGCUUGGAGAUACAUGGGUGGCUUUGCAAACAAUGUUUCCUUUGUUGGUGCAUUAUUAAAAGGAUUCAAAUGGGGAUUUGCUGCAUUUGUGGUAGCUGUAGGGGCUGAAUAUUACCUGGAGUCCCAGAAAAAAGAGAAGAAGCAUCAUUGAAGAUAAUACCUGAAAGUAUCUUAAAGGCUUCUUAACUCUCCUAUAAAAAUAAGAUUUCUUCAAUGUACCCUACUCAUCUGUGUGUUUUUCCCUAAAAAUACUAUUAAGAUUUAAUAAAGUAUGAAUACAUUU